ACAGAGGCCACAUUGUCGACCCGGCUGACUCCUUUCGCAGGACGGCCCGCUGAGACAUGCAGACGACAGAUUCCGGAAACCAGUUUUCCUUACAUCAACUAAAUUCCAAGCACAGCCAAUAGCGUCGUUCGUCCUUCGUCUGCUAACCUGGGAUAACCCUAAGGUUUCUGCAACGCGAGCCAGUCACUGCUUGCUCAUUGAGCACCGGACACCAUGAAGUCGUCUGCUUUGGUUGUCUGCGCCCUGGUGGCUCUGUGCGUUAGCAGUGUCGUGUGCCAGGAUAUCCUGUGCCCGCAGUACAAACAUCUAGCAGAAGACAUCAACACCUGCAAGCGGAUGCUGCCAAACUUUGGAGACAAAAAAGAGAAAGUAGUGGCUCUAACUGUGCGUUUCGGAAUCAGAUGUGCCCGAACGAUUGAUCCCGACAUCUCCUUGCCAGAAAUCAAAGAGCGCCGUUGCAAAGCAGACGACCCGGACGAUUUUCCCACCAAGUUUCACAAGUGCCUGACCAAACAAGUGGAUACAGAUACACUUCUGGAACGGAUCGGUUUCCAGGGGGAAGAUCUGGAGAAGUUCAGAAAAGCAGUUCGGUGUGCAAACGAGGCAUUCGAGCGGGCCUUAACUGAAGAGAAAAAGGAACAACACAGCAGCCAAUCAUAGCCAUUCGCAGGACUACAAUGUCGACGUCAUCAACACAUACUCACCACAUCAGAAGAAGAAAAGACAAAUAUUUUUUUAUUGAUUCUUUAUUGUUUGACGACCAAUGCUAUAGGACGUCAAUUUCUGUAAUAAAUUCUUCAUUAAACGGCCAACAGAUCUA